AUACUUUUUUUAUUUAGACAAAUAUUUUAAAUGAUUUUCACAUAACCAACGCUUUACAUCUUUUUUGUUGUUGUAAGUGUGAGUAUUCAGUAGCCUAUUGUACAUUAUUAUCUUUUAUAAAACGUCGAUUUUACGAUGGAAAAUUGUUAUUUAUGAUUGUAAAACUAAACACAAUUAAAUUAAUAACAUAAAAAUUGUCUUCUUUUAAAACCGGUCAUAAUCAUCCAACUACCACUCAUUACCGAAAUCCAGUAAAUUCAUUCCUUGGAUGCAUUCCUGCUCGCCUCGUGUAUGUGAGUCAUGUGUCACUCAUGACUGGACAGUUAAGUUGUCAAUCAACUACUCAAAACCAGUGGUUGACUCCAUACUCAUAGAACCCACCCAUUGUUGGAAUAUUCUCAAAAUCCAUUGGCCAAUACGGCUAAGUCCCGCCCUUCUUCCCAAAUGUCUGUUCCAACACUGUGGAAAAACACAGGUAACCGCUGGACAGCGUUAGCCUAGCACAACUAAGAUCACAAGUCUAUUACACUGCAUUUUACACGGCUUUGAUCUGAAGAUGACUUAGCGCAGAUCCUUCGUGAUGAUGAGACCGAUCUUCUUCGAGUGAAGUUACAAGAUGAGUGGAAAUCAUAGUCGGAUAGAAAUGGACCUGGCUGUAGGAUCAUCAUCAAAGCCUUAUGGAUCAUCUAGGAGUAUUGUCAGAAGAAUUGCCACAAGUCUUCCCUUAGCACCUUGCCCUCGUGUCCAUUUUCAGCUUCAUCCAUUCUCCGCAGGAGCGAGUUUCCUCAACAAUACAAAUGGGCCAAAUGGACCUGUGGCCACACUCGCAGAUGUGGGCUGGAUGGAAAGAGAUGAGAGUGAUGACACUGGCAGAAAUAGGUUUGAGGCGGAUUCCGGGUUGUUUUUCCGCACCCAGCAGUGCAGACCAAUGAGACGUCGGCGGUCAUUACCCAGUUUGCACCAGGCUGAACCUGCACCACAGAGUCAGACGAUCAUCAACGAUGAAGCCAUUCAGAAAAUCAGCGUUCUGGAAACUGAGCUGGCCAAACUUAGAGCGCAGAUUGCACAGAUCGUUCAGGCACAGGAGCAGAGUGCUCAAUCCACAGCUCCGGCACCAGGUGGUCCCCCUGUACCCCAAGCUCCACAAAUGGCUCCAGUUCCACCUCCACCACCUCCUCCUCCUCCUCCACCUCCUCCGUGUCCUGCCCCUGGCUUGCAGAGAAGCUAUUCUGCCAUUGACCUCAUCCGAGAGCGGCGUGGGAAAAAGGCGGAACAGAGUCCAGUACUGGACUUGGCACCUAAAAAGCCAGAGCUCCCCAACAUGCUGGACGUACUGAAAGACAUGGGGAAAGUGAAGCUGCGCUCAGUUAAGAGUCAUCAAGAGGACACGAAACCAAAAGCCGUGGAGCCCACAGACGCUGCAGCUUUAAUCGCAGAGGCCCUGAAACGCAAGUUUGCGCACCGCUACCGGAGCGACAGCGAAUGUGAUGGCAACUUCAGCUUGCCGGCUCCUGAGAAUAAGACCCACGUAGAAACACCACUGUUUGGACAGCAUAUGUUAAAGUCAACUGGAAGGAGGAAACUCUGCUAGGACGGAGAUACUCAUCUGAGCAGGUUAAUGUAGUUUUUUUCAACCGCUCAAAAUGUUACUGUUAUUUUAAGUGGCCAUGCAAAUGCCAAACAUUAUUCAGUCAGGCUGGUUUCUCUAUUGUUUAUCUAUGUAACUUGCACUUUGAAAGGUUCCUCUUUAUCAGUGCAUCUUGUACCACAGCCAGUUCCAUCGUUAAUGCCAGUUACCUGAGAAACGUGUUCUUUUUGUUGGGUUUUUAUGUAUAAUUUUAUAUGUGGAUGUAUUUGGAUCUGUUGAAGGUCAACAGUGCAAGUAUUUGACCUUAUUGGAUCCUCUCAAUUGAAGGGAUGACGUUAAACAAUAACACCAAAGCGUACGGAUUGUUCUGUCUCGUUGGUUUUAAGUGCAUUUUUAACACACCGUUUGCACAAAAGUUAUCUUAUCAAAGGUACAAUCCAAGUUGCUAGUAACUUUAGCUUUUCUGUCAUGUGACCACUAGCAAUUACGAAGCACACUUUUGUGAUCAUCGUGAAGUUGGCUUAGAUGGCACUGUCAGUAGUGUUUGCUCAGUAAUUUAAUGAGAGCUAAUUUAAAAUCCUUUUAGGUUCUAAUUUAUUAUUUUCAAACAUUUCCAUGAUGUACUUAAGGAAGUAAUUAUUUAACCGGUUUAAAAGAAAAUCACUUGAAUAAUGUAGUUUUGUUCGUCUGUGACAUCAAGCUUGUUAUCUCUAGUCAAGUGCCAGCUUCAGUCUACCAGCAGAACUUUUUUUUGACAGUGUUUGUACCUUGAAAUGUUUGUAUUUUUGCACAUAACUACAAUAUCUGCUACAUUUGCAUAAUAUUACAGGACUUCUCAUUUCAAAUGUUUUCUAACUGGAUUUAAUGGCCAGCACAUAGGAAGUGUACCUCAGAAUUGAAGGGAAACUCCUAGCGGACACGUUUUUUCUGGUUUUGUUAUGAAUUGUGAAAUUCUCUCAAAGGGAUGAUUUUUUUUAUAUUUCACACUACAGAACCGUUUUGAAUGGACUGUAACUUCAUUAAUAAACCAAAACCUGUUAA